AUGAACAUGUCCACAUCUGUAACUGCCGACGAGGACUGGCUGAUUAUUCUGUCUUCCUCGGAUAUCGACGAUGAACCUUUGCAACUGACUCCUGAUAAAAGUGACUCUGAAGAGGCGUCCCGCCCGGAAAUCGCCCCUGCUGAUUCGGUCAAUACCUUGACGGGCAGGGAGAAGAACGAUGACGAAUUCCAGAGAUCGAAAGAUUCGCCUGUUUCACAGGAGGAGAGCGUCGUGGAGAUCCAGCACCGCGAUGUGGAUUCAGAGGCGUCGCCACUGCCUGAUUCGGGAUCACCUGUGGUUCUGGAGGGUCCUGAAUCCACGGAGAUAAAGAACGAGAAGGAUGCUUUGGAAGGGGACCUGGAGGACGUGGAUGGCGCUCUGGAGAGCAAUUUGGAGGGCGGUUUGGUCCCGCCCGAGCCCAGAACCGAACCUGAAGAGGCCAAUACGGCUUUUGUCAAGAAGGAGAACCAAUCCACCAUUGAUACCCCCAGUUUGGAGACCCCAGCUGAGGCUCCAGUUGAAUCGGAGCCCGUCGCCAAACAGUGCUCUGCUUGUUUCCUCCACAGAGCCUUUGUCCAGCUUGACUCGACCAUCAGAAACGCCUCUCGCCUGAUCUACAGAGCCCUUUUCGCUGAUCUGUACUCGUCGCUUGACGCCAAGCGCAAGGAGCUCCUUCUUGACUUCACCCUCUUCCAGCACGCUCGCUACCUGGUGUUGUCGGCGCUCAAUCGCCACCAGGACUUCUUGCUUUACUACGCCGUGGCGUUGGCGGUUUCUGUGGUUUCUGUGGCGGCGCUUCGCCCUGCCCCACAGCCCAAGGAGCUCACUGUCAGCGAGAAGCUUGCCACGUUAUGGAACAAUAUCGCCUACGAGGAGUUGCCCCAGGAGAAGAAGCUGUUCUUCUUUGCACAGGAGGAAGCUCCACGGCAAUUGCGGAUCGCCAAGGUAUGGGAACGUGCAGUCGAGAGUUCCCCCAAGAUCUGGAAUCAGGGUGCGGAGGCCUCGAAACGCUUCUUCUCAAAGAGCGUUGCUUUCGGUCAGAAGCUGUGGUCAGAGUUCCAGGACCUUCCUGAGACGCAGUAUGCGAAGACAAGAUUUGCCGAGGCGUACAACCAAACCACUGUAUUUGGCAAAGAGGAGGUGCUCCCGUUUAUGAGAUCGAGCUGGGCUCGGAGCAAAAACGUGGCAGAUGCAUUCUCGGCAGAGUCCAAGGUCAAACUCCAGGGCUUCUUUGACCAGGCCAAGUCGACUUUGCAGAGCAUCUCACACAACGCUGACGCCGGUUCUUCAGCAGUGGAGGCCCAUAUCAAAGUAUGGUGGGAGCAGGCUCGCCAGGAGGCACCAAUCAUGAAGUCGAGGCUCGAUAAGACAAGCAGGGACUUGUACAAGAAAUCGGUCCAGAUCAUGAGCCAAUGGCUGGCCGAGCUCGAGAGAUGCAGAGCUGAACUCAAGGAGUUGGUAGAGGGCGACAAUGUCCCAGAGUUUGACAAUUUGUACCUUGAUAUGAAUUCCAUUCUCCAUACGUGUACCCAUGCUAACCAUCUGAGCUUGACGAGGAUGACUGAUGACCAGAUAUACGCGGCAAUUUUCAAUUAUAUUGAUCAUUUGUUCGAUAUCAUCAAGCCCAAGGAGGUGUUCUACAUGGCCAUUGAUGGAGUGGCACCCAGAGCUAAAAUGAAUCAGCAACGUGCCAGAAGAUUCCGUACUGCUUUCGAGGCAGAGGAGAAUCUUAAAAAAGCGAUUGCUCAGGGAGCCGAGAUCCCCAAGGAGGAUCCUUUCGACUCCAACGCCAUUACCCCAGGUACGGAGUUCAUGGCCAAUUUGACCGACAACUUGAAAUACUUUAUCCACAAGAAGAUGUCGGAGGACACCCGCUGGUCCAGUAUCAAGGUGGUGCUUUCGGGCCAUGAGGUUCCAGGUGAAGGUGAGCACAAGAUCAUGCAGUUUAUCAGAACCAUGAAAUCACAGUCCAGCUAUAACCCUAACUUGAGACACUGCAUUUACGGAUUGGACGCUGACUUGAUCAUGUUGGGUUUGGUGACGCAUGACUCCCACUUCUCCUUGUUGCGUGAGGAGGUGACAUUCGGGCCUAGCUCCCAGAACAAGAGUAACGAUGUUCACGACCAAAAGUUUUUCUUAUUGCAUUUAUCCUUGCUAAGAGAGUACUUGGCCUUGGAGUUCAAGGACUUGGAAAACAACCUUUCUUUUGAAUAUGACUUUGAGCGGGUGUUGGACGACUUCAUCUUGAUCAUGUACGUCAUCGGUAAUGAUUUCUUACCUAACUUGCCCGACUUGCACAUCAACAAGGGUGCUUUCCCACUUCUAUUGGGAACGUUUAAGCAGAGUAUGCUUCAUUCAGACGGUUACUUGAACGAAGGUGGUAAGAUAAAUUUCAAGAGAUUCGGCACUUGGCUUGAGUACUUGUCGGAGUUCGAGUUGGAGAACUUCGAGAAGCAGGAUGUCGAUGUCGACUGGUUCAACAAGAGAUUGGAAGAAAUCUCCAUCACUGGUGAAAAGAAAAGAGAGAGAUCCGGUAAGUUGCUUGUGUUGAAGGACCAGAAGACCUUGGUUCACCUCAUAAAACCAUGGAUUUUGGAGGUGGGGCACCGUCCUGUCAAGGAGCUUUUGGAGUUGGCUGACAGCCAAACUUUGCCCACGCUUUCUUUGCCUAAGGAUGAAGUUGAGCUCCAUCUUGAGUUCUUCAAGCAGUUCGCUUUGGAGGCGGGCUUCCUCAUUGUCCAUUCCAGGUCGAAGGACACUUAUGAGGCCAUCUACGACGUUGACGGUAUUUCACCUUAUGAAAGCCCUGAGGACUUCAACGAAAGAGUUGCUGAAUUGAAGAAGGUGAUCAGAAAGUACCAAAACGCUAACAUGUUUGCUACUGAAGAGUUGAUGAAGGAGACGAAAGACUUGUACGACGCUAAGUUCGUUGACUGGAAAGACAAAUACUACAGAGACAAGUUGCAUUUUUCAAUUCACGAUAAUGACAAGAUGAUUGAUUUAACGAGACAUUACUUGGAGGGUUUGCAAUGGGUUUUGUACUAUUACUACAAGGGUUGCCGCUCCUGGAGUUGGUACUUCAGAUUCCACUACGCACCCAGAAUUUCUGAUAUCGCCAUUGGUAUCAAAGAUAUGUUGGAGAAGAAUGAGUCCGAGGUUCAAUUUGAACAGUCCACUCCGUUCAAACCGUUUGAGCAGCUUAUGGCUGUGCUUCCUGCCAGAUCCAGGAAGUUGAUGCCUGACGUUUACAGACCAUUGAUGACUGAUGAACAUUCUCCUAUCAAGGACUUUUACCCACAUGAGGUUGAUGUGGAUCUUAAUGGUAAAACCGCGUCCUGGGAGGCUGUUGUUUUGUUGGACUUUGUUGAUGAGAAGAGGCUCCUUGAAGUUUUGAAGCCUGUUGAAUCUAAGCUUCUGCCUACUGAAACCAGGAGAAACAGCUAUGGUAAGGACAUUAUCUUUAUCUACAACCCACAGAAUGACUCUGUUUAUCCAACCCCACUUCCUGGCUUCUUCCAUGACAUUGAGCAUGACAGAUGUUACGAGGAAUACUUCGAAUUGCCUCCCUUGGAUCCUGAAUUCAAGUUUGCUUUGCCCGAGGGCGCCAAGUUGGGUAAGGAGCUUUUAGCAGGUUUCCCAACGCUCUACACUAUUCCAUUCACAUCCGAUUUGUACUUAUCAGAGGUCAAGGUUUUCAACUUCCCAUCGAGAUCUGAGUCGAUGAACCUCAAGAUUGACAACAUUUGGAGUGAUAUGUCGAUACAACAGUUCAGUCAAAAGUUUUUGGGUAAAAUUGUUUACAGCAAUUGGCCAUUCUUGACUGAAUCGAGGGUUACUGAAGUGUGGGAUGGUCUGUUCAAGUACGAGAAGAUCAAGGCGGGCACUGGUCGUAAAUUCAUUGUUAAUGAGUUGACUUCCGAUGAACACAGAGAAUUUUCUCAGAUCAAGUCAGGACUCCGCAAUGAAUACGCUAAAACCAAGGCCGUCCAUCUCAAGAACAUUGAGGCCAUCGUGUUCGUUCAGCGCAUCAAGGGUAUGGUCAGAGCCCAGUCUGGUGCUUACGUCAAGUCUUUCCACUACGACAAGGAGCCAGUGCCAAUCCAGAUGAUUGUUGAGGAAGUUGUUAAUGAGGAUGAGAGAUAUGCGGUCAAGCCACCUAAGCCAAUUGAUGAGGAAUUCCCAGUUGGGUUACCAGUUGUCUUCUUGGGUGCUUUCGCCUACGGUGCUCCUGCUACUGUUGCUGGAUACACCGGUAACGACAAGAUCAAUGUCAGAGUUGACAAGAUCCAGUCCACCUUGGAACCCAACAUCGGUAAGAAGCGUUUGCAGAUUGAGGACCGCGAGAUUAGAUAUCUUAGUUCCUACGAAGCUGCUAAGGCUUUGAGAUUGAAUGGCCUUUUCUUGUCGAAGAUCACGAGUGCUUUCAUGCUCAGAGACAAGAAGGCGGGUCGUGUCAAUGUUGGUUUGGAUAUCAAGAACGAUGCCCGUCGUGUGAAGGUUUUGGGCUACACCAGAAAGAGUGGCAGAUUUUGGGAGUACUCGCCAUUGGCUAUGAAGUUGAUCAAGGACUACCAAGACAAGUUCCCCAAGCUUUUCAAGAACCUCAUCAGCCUCAAGGACCGUCGUGAUAUGCCACCUAUCGAGGAGGUCAGCAGCGAGGCAGAGGUGCAAGAGGUACGCAGAUGGUUGAAGGCUGCCAAGUCCGAAAUGGUGCAAGUUUCCUUGGAGUCUGAGUCUUUGACGAGAUUCAGUAUCGCUGCUAUUGAGGACUUCAUGAACGAUUACAUGACCAGACCACUCCCAUUGUCCAACAAGGAUAUCAAGGGUGUUCCCAAGGAGGCCAUCAUCAACCCUAGUGCCUCGUACCAGUUAUUGGGCAACCAGAGAUACGAUCUCGGAGACCGUGUCAUCUACGUCCAGGACUCCGGUAAGGUGCCCAAGUUAACCAAGGGUACCAUUGUCAGCAUCACCGCUGUAGGAACGAAAACAUCCUUGGGUGUUGUUUUUGAUGAACCACUUGUGAACGGUAAUAACAUGAGCGGCAAGUUGAAGACCAACAGAGGUAUGAUCAUCGACUCCUCGCUUGUGUUGAACAUCACCAACAGACAAUUAGUGUUCCACUCCAAGGCUUCUAAGGACAAGAAGCCAUUGACAGAACAGGAAAGAGCCGCUAGAGCUAGACAGGCUGAGAUUGCCAAGGCCAAACAAGCCGAGGCACAGGAGAAGGUUGAGAAGGAGAAGACCUCCAAGCACACCAACGAGAUCCUCUCGUUGCUCAAAAAGAACAAGGACCAGGCUGAGGGUAAGGAGGACUCUGAUUCUAAGAGCAAAGAGGCCCAGGAAGCCGACGAGGCUGCUGUUCACGAUGCCAACCGUGUGAGACAACUUUAUGGCCAGAUCUACUCCAACGUGAUGAGUCAGGGAAGUGCUCCACCAAAUGGCAUGGUGAUUCCACCACAUUUGUAUGGAGGAGCAGGCCAGGCACCUCCACCUCAAGGUCAACAAAUACCCGUUGUUCCUGGUGUCCCAUUGCCUCCACAGUUCUUCCAACAGGCACCUCCUCAACAACAAUCAGCCCAGCAGAUUCCUACCGGACCUGCUACUGAGAGCAAGCCAAAUGGCCAAAACGAGUCCUCAAGAGGAGGCCGUGGUGGUCGUGGUAGAGGCAGAGGCAACUUCAGAGGCCGUGGUAGAGGUAGAGGAGGAAGAGGCGACUCCAAGGCUGCACAGGAAAGCAAGUGA